AUGACCAAAAGAUCAGGACGCAAAGUCACAGCCAGGAAAGAGUGCAGAGGAAGGGAACAAGUGAUUAAGAAGAUGAAAAUGAAGGAGGUGGAAAAAGAGCGAGAGGUUGUGCAAGAGGUGAAAGGAGGAGAGACUGAAAUAGAGCGCAGGGCCCUGGGUUGUCGUACAAGCAACAGGAAAAGUCUGAUCCUGACCACCACCUCCCCCACGCUGCCUCGCCCACACUCCCCUUUGCCCCUCCCUGGACACCUUGGAAGCAGCCCUCUGGAUAGCCCACGAAACUUCUCUCCCAGUAACCCAGCACACUUCUCGUUUGCCUCCUCCAGAAGAGCGGAUGGGCGGCGAUGGUCUUUGGCAUCUUUACCCUCUUCUGGAUAUGGCACUAACACUCCCAGCUCAACGUCCUCCAGCUCCUCACAGGAGCGGCUGCACCAGCUGCCCUUCCAGCCCACCAUGGAUGAGCUCCACUUCUUAUCCAAGCACUUUGGCAGCACUGAGAGCAUCACAGAUGAUGAUGGGGGCCGCUGCUCUCCCCACAUGCGCCUGCGCUCCCGUAGUCUCAGCCCAGGACGCUCUUCCUCCUGCUAUGACAAUGAAAUAGUCAUGAUGAACCAUGUGUACAAAGAGCGCUUUCCAAAGGCUACAGCACAGAUGGAGGGGAGGCUGGCCGAGUUCAUCCAAGCUUUCUCUCCUGAAAAUGUUCUUCCACUAGCUGAUGGAGUCCUCAGCUUCAUCCACCACCAGAUAGCUGAGCUGUCCAGAGACUGCCUGGCCAAAGCCCGCGAGGGUCUCAUCACCUCUGUCUACUUCUUUGAGCUGCAGCAGAAUCUGGAGAAGCUGCUUCAUGAUGCUUUUGAGCGUUCAGAGAGCACUGAGGUAGCCUUCGUCACAGAGUUGGUGAAGAAGCUUCUCAUCAUCAUCUCACGGCCUGCCAGGCUGCUGGAGUGUCUGGAGUUUAAUCCUGAGGAGUUUUACCAUCUGCUGGAGGCAGCAGAGGACCACGCCAAGGAAGGUCAUCUGAUGAAAACGGACAUUCCUCGUUACAUCAUCAGUCAGCUUGGACUGACCAGGGACCCUAUUGAAGAGAUGGUAAACCUUGACAGUUACGACAGCGAGGGGCCACUAACACCUGAAACAGACGACUCGACAGAGGGGAAGAUCAGAGCAAUGAAACCACCAGGAGAAGCAGACUUCCAGACCAUCAAGUUGAUCAGUAAUGGAGCAUAUGGCGCUGUGUACCUAGUGCGUCAUCUCAAGACACGGCAGCGAUUCGCCAUGAAGAAGAUUAACAAGCAAAACCUGAUCCUGAGGAACCAAAUCCAGCAGGCAUUUGUGGAAAGAGACAUCCUUACCUUUGCAGAGAAUCCUUUUGUCGUCUCCAUGUUCUGUUCCUUCGAAACCCGUCGACACCUCUGCAUGGUCAUGGAGUACGUAGAAGGUGGAGACUGUGCCACUUUGCUUAAGAACAUAGGGGCUCUGCCUGUGGAAAUGGCACGCAUGUACUUUGCAGAGACGGUCCUAGCACUGGAGUACUUACACAACUAUGGCAUUGUACACCGUGACCUCAAGCCUGACAACCUCUUGAUUACCUCAAUGGGUCACAUCAAGCUGACAGACUUUGGCCUGUCUAAGAUGGGUCUGAUGAGCCUGACAACCAACUUAUAUGAAGGACACAUAGAGAAGGAUACACGGGAGUUCCUGGACAAACAGGUGUGUGGAACUCCAGAGUACAUUGCCCCUGAGGUUAUUCUUCGUCAAGGCUAUGGGAAGCCAGUGGACUGGUGGGCUAUGGGCAUCAUCCUGUAUGAGUUCCUGGUGGGCUGUGUGCCUUUCUUUGGAGACACUCCAGAGGAGCUGUUUGGACAGGUCAUCACAGAUGACAUAGUGUGGCCAGAAGGGGAUGAGGCUCUCCCUGUUGAUGCCCAGCACCUGAUCUCCUCCCUCCUGCAGACGAAUCCACUGGUUCGACUGGGCACAGGUGGUGCUUUUGAAGUGAAGCAGCACUCAUUCUUCACAGAGGUGGACUGGAACAGCCUGCUGAGACAAAAGGCAGAGUUCAUCCCUCACCUAGAGUCAGAGGAAGACACCAGUUAUUUUGACACUCGCUCUGAGCGCUACCAUCAUGUGCAUUCUUAUGAUGAAGAUGACACCAAUGAUGAUGAGCCUGUGGAGAUUCAUCACUUUUCAUCCUGCUCCCCUCGCUUCAGCAAGGUGUACAGCAGUAUGGAGCAUCUUUCCCAGCUGGAGCACAAACCCCAUGCUGUGACCCUACGGGAGCACAAGGUCCCCAGGGAGGAUCGAAUGGCCAAAAGAGAAAGCCUUGGAAGCGUCACCCUCAGGGACAAGAGCUGGAGGACGGGAUCACCUGAGAUGAAGCGCUUAUCCUGCUCUGAGUCCUCCUUCACCGAGAGUGACUCCAGCCCACCAUCAGGGGCCCGAAGACGCUUCUCUGCCCUCAUGGAUACACACCGCUUGGCCUCCCCUCUGGAAAUUGACCCUGAGCUGACCUUAUCCAGCAGGCAGCCUCCAGUGAAGGCUAGGGGAACUUCCCUGGAAGGAGCCAUGGGUGCAAUCCCCUCGCAAGGUGAUCUGAGAACAUACCUCAAAGACAGCACUCUGCUCACAGCUGGAGACAAGCUUUUGAGACCUGCUGAUGCAUCGUUGCCUCUACCAGGCAGUGCUACUGUUCUGGGGCUUCCAGACCCACAGGGGCCCCGCGGGGCUGCCACUGACCUGGUACUGCGGAGAGUUCGCCACCAGCAGCUCUCAGCUGAGGGAGAAAAACGUAACUCACGACCAGGAACCAAAGUUAUCAAAUCUGCUUCUGCUACUGCUCUGUCUGUUAUCAUUCCUGCAGGGGAGCAACAUGGUGCUUCCCCUCUGGCGAGUCCCAUGUCUCCUCGCUCCCUCUCGUCCAACCCUUCCUCCCGUGACUCUUCUCCAAGCAGAGACUACUCUCCAAUGGUCAACAUCCUGCAUUCUCCAAUCACCAUCCAUCGCUCUGGGAAGAAGUAUGGCUUCACUCUCCGAGCCAUCAGAGUCUACAUGGGAGACAGUGAUGUCUACAGCGUACAUCACAUGGUCUGGCAUGUGGAGAAUGGAGGUCCUGCUCAGGAGGCUGGACUUAGCGCUGGUGACCUCAUCACUCAUGUAAAUGGGGAGUCAGUCCAUGGUCUGGUCCAUACAGAGGUGGUGGAGCUCAUCCUGAAGAGUGGAAAUAAGGUGACAGUAACAACUACUCCCUUUGAGAACACCUCUAUAAAAGUUGGUCCUGCCCGCAAGUCCAGCUAUAAAUCCAAGAUGGCAUGGCGCAGCAAGAGGACAGGGGCCAAGGAAGGACAGGAUAAGAAGCGUAGCUCCCUGUUCAGAAAAAUCACCAAGCAGUCCAACCUGCUUCACACCAGCCGUAGCCUCUCCUCUUUAAAUCGCUCUCUGUCAUCUGGAGACAGUCUCCCAGGCUCCCCCACCCACAGCCUCUCCGCCCGCUCGCCGACUCAGAGUUACCGCCCCACUCUUGAAUCCCCUUACCUGGGCACGUCUUCCCAGAGCAGCUCCCCAGCAUCCAGCACCCCGAACUCCCCAGCAGCCUCCCACCACAUGAGGCCCAGCUCCCUGCAUGGCCUGUCUCCCAAACUUCACCGCCAGUACCGCUCGGCACGCUGCAAAUCUGCCGGCAACAUCCCUCUGUCCCCCCUGGCUCACACUCCAUCACCGACCACCUCCUCUCCUCCGCCUCUCACUGGCCACACGGUAGGGAGCUCCAACACUACACAGAUGUUUCCCGCCAAACUGCACUCCUCGCCUCCUGUUGCCCGCCCUCGUCCCAAGAGUGCAGAGCCACCCAGAUCCCCCCUGCUGCAGCGGGUGCAGUCGGCGGAGAAGCUAGGAGCACCGAUUCUGCCCUCCUCCUCUUCAUCGUCAUCGACACCUUCUCCUCUGACAGGUGGGGUGUCGUUACGCAAGCAUAGCCUGGAGGUGACGCAUGGGGACUACAGGAGAGAGUCUUUCCACUGUGAGCACAGCCUACAAAGUCUGUUGGAGAUGGAGGGAGAGAAUGGACCUGCUCCCCCAUCACCUUCAUCAUCUUCAUCCCCUUCUCCUCCUAUGGGAGGGGAGAUUGGGGGCCUGAAGCCUGUGAGGAGGCUUGGAAGGCAGGAGUCGCCGCUCAGCCGUGACACACUGCUCACAGCAAAAGAGAAAGAUACCCAAACCACAACGUCUGAGACCAGAGGGUCACAAACUGAGAGUGUAGCUACUAAAGCUGAGUCCAAGACCACUGUUGUUGACACAAGUAAAACAUUAUCCACUGCUGAGGUUCUAAAGAACAACCUAUGUAAAGCUGCAGUGGAGACCAAGGCUAGUCCAGCAUUGGUUUCAUCGACUACAGAGACCAAGCCAAGCCCCGGGGACAAACCUCCAAAAGCAAGUGCUUCAAGUUCUGAGGCAACAGUCUCCAAGAGUAAACUCAGUGAGAAAAUUUCAACUCCAGGAACAUCAAAGGGCAUUCAACAGCAAGAGAGUAAGCACCAGAAAGCACAGAUAGACAGUGGAGCUGCAACAAAAGCUCAGGGGCAGACUGAGGCGAAAGGAGGCAUUAGCGGCAGUGUAAGAGCAAGUGAGACGGCCAAGGUCAAAGGUCCUGCACCCCCAGUUCCAACCCAGGUUCAAACCCACACUGCAGCUCAUGUGCCAGCUGCUGCCAGAUUCAAAGCAGAGAAGGUAUCAAACAGUUACCGUGGGGCCAAGGAGGAGAGGGCACACUUGGAAGUCCUGGAGGAGAACCCCAUGUCGCCAUCCUCUAAUGCAGCCUCACCCUGCUCCAGCAAGUCUCGCCCCAUGUCUCCGGGGGAUAAAGCAGGCUUUGUCACCCAGCUCACUAGUGUGGCCAAAACAGUGCUUGGGCCUAUAAAAGGAGGAACACAAGAGGGAGCCAAGGGCAAAGACACUUCGAAGUCAAGCGAGGAGAAGCGUGGAAACACAGCAGGAAAAGCAGAGACUUCUUCUGGAGGUGGACGUCGAGGGGCUCAGACAGCAACCUCAGCCAGUCCUGGAACAGUCCAGUCUGAUAAAGAAACCAGUCGGAGCUCUAAGCAUCAAUCGUGAUAAGAAGGGGUCAGACUCUCCCAUGUAAUGCCUUUUACUGUAGCAUCAUACUGACAUAUCAUGAAUUAACAUGACUUUGAAUGAAGGGGAGACACAAAUGCCUGAAGAAAUAACACCAAAUAGAUGACAUGUGACAUGUAGACACAUGAGAUGUGAACAAAGAUGCAUCAGCUACUGUUGGAAAAUGCGUGCACAUGGUAUCAUAAUGUAGGCCUGUGUAUGUAAUAUAUGUUCAUCACACCGUGUUGUAUAUAGUUAAAUAAUGCAUAUGUCUUGAUGCAUGUCUUACAUUGUACAUGGAAAAUGAAAGAAUAUUUAAAAAUAAGAUGAAAAAUAUAAAGCAGACCUUAAGGUAGUAAACACUGUGAACAACAUUUCGACAGACCACAACAGGCAAACUGUUAACUACAGGAUUCUGUUAUAAAUGGGCAUUACUCAUAUUUCAGAUCAGCUCCAGUGCCAUCAAUUACUUCAGUUACGAUACAUACUGGGUCUCCUUUAAGUUCAGUUACUAAAAGGGAUCAGGCAUGAACAGAUUUGUAUCAUGUAGCGAAAAAUACAGCAAACAUACCGGAAACUGCACCAAGAUACCAAAAUGCUUGCAGUGAUGGAAUUAGAGGGUGAAUCAGCUGGUUUGCUUCAGAUCUGUUUAAGGGCUGAAUUUCAGUGGGAUUGAGAGAGGUAGUUUAGUUAAACUUGCACAGGGACACUAUGCAAUGUGCUAUAGAUGCCAGUUUUUUUGGUGUCCCCAAAUACUAAGUUUACAUUGUGCUCUAGACAAGAAGAAAAGAUAGAGGAAAGAGUUGCAAUAAGCCAAGAAACGCAUUUUGUUUUACAAGAUGUCUCCAUUGAUCGUAGUGAAAUUUCAAUCAGUCAAUGAUACUGUAUGUUUUAGGCUAUUACAUGAAUACAAUAGUGUGUUUUGAGUCUAGUAAGGAGACAAAGUGUAUAAAGAACCAUAAUGAAAGUAGCACUUACAGGAAAGUAGGAUAGAUAUGCUCUUUCAAUCAUUCUUUUCUAUUUAUGCAGAAGUUCAGUCUAUUGUAUAAUGUAUGUGUGAAGGAAAGUGCCAGUGUUUUUAUUUAGGAAUAAUGGGAUUUUUUUUUUUGUUAACACUUAAAUGUAUAAUAAUAUGCAAUCCAUCAGUGCCCAGUUCCAUAUAACUGAGAACCCUAGUCAGUGAUACAGUAGUAGACUACACAAGGUAGAUUUGUUGAGAUCAUCUUAGUGCUGAGUUCUUGUUUGUUCUUGUGUAUUACAAAAAAAAAAAUCAUCUUGAUAGUUUUUUCACACCAGGCUCAGAACUGUUUUAGACUUCCACCUUGUGGACAACAUCACAUGACACCAAAAGCCUGGAGGUACAACAGAAGAUAGGUGUACAUCUAAUGAGACGUCUGAUAUCUCCUGCCUGUGGAUCUUUCCAUGUCAUACAUUAUAAGUCUGAUGCUAAUUAUACUGUGGAUGAGCACAUUUAGAUGAGUCUCAGAUUAGUUUUGCAGUCUCAGCUUAAAAAGUCUUUAUUUUAGCCAUUAUGAUGUAGUUGUUUAAACAGACAUUAACCCAAUGCUUGGACAUUAAACACCAGUGUUUUUGCGUGUGAUGUGAGAAAACUGCACUUUAUUUUGUGUCAGAUACUUUUAUUUACUGGUUUUAUAUAUUUAUUGUAUUAUUUUUCUAUUUGUUCUAUUUAUUAACCUUUUUUUAUUUAUUCAAAUGUUUUUACAUGCCAUCAGUUAGUGAAUUUAUACUUUACUACUGAAAUUAGUUAUUUACGAAUUUUACAUCUAGACUGAGAAAUCUACCAAAACUGUAUGGCUGCUCAUUUUGUGCAGUUUUGACUCUGUCAUUCCAUAAGUUUGAAGUUGUAAUAUUGCUGUCAUGUCCAUCUUUGUCCAAGUGCUUGACUUUUCUUUUAUAAAAACGACUAUCUCUGACUAUUGUUGUUCAUUACAUUGCUACAUAUUUACUAGCCACCGUUGUGAAAACUGAUGCAAAAAAAA